ACGGGAGUGCUUAAACCAGUGGUCAACAUGAGCCUCAUGGUGUGCAUAGCAAGUUACUUGUCGAUCACUGGUUGCGUCGAUGAUUUUCAGGCCAUCAUCAUCGAUUGUCAGAGCGCUCGCAUAUGAUAGACAUUUUAUUUACUCAAAACAUGCGGUAACCAUCCUAUGCAUGACAAAUCGUAUCGCGAACCAUGACCGCUACCGGUACAUAUGAUAUCUUGAAGCUUUCAGAUCCCAAAGCCAAAAGCCGCGAAACUCCAACGCCUUUGGCUGGAACCGGCUGCAUGACGCAUAAACACGUGUUUCCGAUACCUGGCGCUGGCUACAGUUUGCUCAAAGUGGAGUACCAACAUCUGGUCGUUGGCUGUCUUUGGGCCUGUGUACGAUCCCCACACCAUCCGCACGACGAGUAGAACUUGUGUAUAAAAUACCUUAUACUUGGCGGCGCAGUUGGAUGACCUGCGAUCCACCAGUUUUACUGUAGCUUGCACUCAAACAUACUUCAAUCGCCGUCGGUCAUUUUCUUGACAUCUCUUUCCACUGAACAUUAAUCGCAGUUUUCAACUGUCAUGGAUCGACAAGAGCCAGCCGGCCAGGAUCCUCAGGACCUAUUGGACGUCCAACCCAUGAAGAUAGAGUUAGACGAACCACCGACAGACCCUAUGGAUACGGAAGUUCAUGCAGUGGCAGAGCCACAAAAACCCAAGACUGAUAUUGAUAGUAUCUUACCGUUGUAUGACGACAUGCAGGAGGAAGGCAAUUAUGUGUUCAAAUGGAAAGUGAGCAAUUACAACGUUUUACGAACAAAGGAGAAGGAGUACAGUCCGGAAUUCGAAGUUGCUGGUUCAAAAUGGCGAGUUUUACUGUUUCCGCGAGGGAAUAGACAGACGGAUGCAAUUUCAGUCUAUGUGGAUUCCGUAGACGCUCAUGAACAAGCACCCGAUUCCGACUGGCAUCGUUGUGCUAUGUUUGCUAUUGGCGUUAUGAACCCGCGGGAUGAAUCCCUUCUCGUUCAGCAAGCGGCCCAGCACAGAUUCAACCCGGAAGCUACCGACUGGGGCUUUAAUCAGUUGACUAAAUUAACCUGGAUGUACCGAGGCCAUGAGUCAAUAGGAGGACCAAUCAUUGAAAAGGAGGAGUUUAUCGUCAUUGUAUGGAUCAGAGUAAUAAAAGAUGAAACGGGUGUACUAUGGCAUAAGUUUGAAAAAUGGGACUCCAGAAAAGAAACGGGGUUCGUCGGGUUGAAGAACCAGGGCGCUACGUGUUAUAUGAAUUCGCUUCUCCAGUCACUCUACUUCACUUCAUAUUUCAGAAGGGCAACCUUUGAAAUACCGACGGAAAAUGAUGAGCCUUCAAAGUCAAUUCCGCUUGCCUUGCAACGUGUUUUCUAUAAUUUGCAGGUCUCGCCUGAGGCUGUUGGUACCACUGAACUGACAAAGUCGUUCGGGUGGGAUACAUUGGAUUCCUUUAUGCAGCAUGAUGUGCAAGAGUUCAACAGAGUGUUGCAGGACACUCUAGAAAGCAAAAUGAAGGGAACGAAGGCGGAAGGUGCUAUUUCACGGCUCUUUGUGGGGAAGAUGAAGAGUUAUAUAAAGUGCAUUAAUGUGCCAUACGAAUCUUCGCGGGUUGAAGAUUUCUAUGACAUCCAAUUGAACGUCAAGGGCUGCAAGAAUUUGAAGGAAUCGUUUGACGAAUACGUCGCUGUUGAAACUUUGAAUGGGGAUAACAAGUACCAAGCGGAAGGGUACGGACUGCAAGACGCAAAGAAGGGUGUGAUUUUCAACGCAUUCCCCCCAGUGCUGCAUCUACAACUGAAACGGUUUGAAUACGACAUUGAACGUGACGCGAUGGUGAAAAUCAAUGACCGGCAUGAGUACCCUGUGGAAAUCAAUCUCGACGCGUAUCUUGAUGAACAUGCGGUCCGGACGGUGUCACAAAAGUAUCACUUGCACGGGGUACUAGUGCACAGUGGAGAUUUGCACGGCGGGCAUUAUUGUGCCUUUAUUCGUCCGGGACCGGAAGACAAAUGGUUCAAGUUUGAUGAUGACCGCGUCAUACCCGCUCGUCACAAGGAAGUCUUUGAGGACAACUUUGGAGGGGAGUACCCAAUGGCACGCCCAGGUGUCAAAGUAUAUAAACGCUAUACAAACGCGUACAUGUUAGUGUAUGUUCGCGAUAGCGACCGAGACCAGGUUCUUGCCCCUAUUACCAACGAUGACAUUCCGGAGCAUCUCCGUGUCCGCUUGGACCAGGAGAGGGCAGCUCAUGAGAAGCAAAUGCGUGAGCGUGAUGAGGCCUACAAGUACAUACAAGUGAAGGUAUUGACGGACGAUCAGAUUGCGCACCAUGGAGGAUUUGAUCUAUGGAAUUUCAAUGAUCCUGGGGCACAAAUUUCUACGUUCAAAGUUGUAAAACAGGACACCUUUAACGAUUUCAAGGAAAUGGUCGGCCGCCACUUCAAACUUAGCCCUCAGCGGUUCCGGUUGUGGACAAUGGUUGGUAGACAGAAUAGAACUGUAAGACCAGAUGCGCCGAUCCCCGAGAACGACGGAGACCUGUCCAUGGAAAAGAUACAGAACAAAUAUGCCAAAACGUCGAAUGAGCUUCGCCUUUACGUCGAGCAAAUGGACGAUCCUUUUGCCGCCAAGAUCAGCAACGGUAUCUCGCAAAAGCCAACCCCAUUGCCUAUCAGAGACGACCGGCUACCUGGCACUGUAAACGACAUUGUGCUUUUCCUAAAGUACUAUGACCCAUUCACUAGCAGAUUGACUUAUGCAGGUCGGCUCGUGGUGGAGAACAGGCAACAUAAAAUUGGAGAUAUUAUACCAAAACUGCUUGAGCGUGCCAAGUUGCCUCCAGGAACCCCGCUACGACUUUACGAAGAAGUCAAGCCAGAGAUGAUCGACCUGUUGAAACCAAAAUCUACCUUCCACCAAGCUGAGCUGGGUGACGGUGACAUCAUUUGUUUUCAGAGGGAUCUGUCGUUGCAAGAAGAAGAACAGCUGCCAAGUCCAGCCUUGUGCGAUGUGACUGGAUACUUUGACGCACUUCGCAACCGGGUAACAAUCACAUUCAAGGAAAAGGGCAAGGAGCGCGAGGAUGCGGGAGUAACGAUCGUUUUGAGUAAAAAGAUGAACUACAGCACCGUCGCGCAGGCACUAGCGAAGGAGAUUGGCGCAGAACCAGAGAAAAUUCGCUUGUUGUCGUUUACGCACAGCGGAGUGGCACCGCGGAGUGGGACACCAAUCAAGUUCAGUCAAUCAUGGACGCUUGAAUUGGCUUUUGGUCCCAUGUUCCAGCCGCGGGAUAUUGUUCCCAACGAGGAGAUAAAUGGCAUUCUACUGUACGACUUGUUGGAUAUCCCCGUGGCAGAGCUUGAGACGAAACGGUAUUUGAAGGUGACGUUUGCUGAUACCCAAAAUAAAGAACAUGGGCCAUUUGAUAUUUUACUAUCGAAAACUGCCAAGGUGUCUGAUGUUUUGGCUGAUAUCACAGACAAACUCCAAUCCGAUGCGAUAAAAACUGAACGCAAGGGAUCUGGAAAGCUGCGCAUGUUUGAGUGUAGCAAUUCUUCCCGCAUUGUUCGAGUGUUGCAACCGGAGGAUGCUGUGAGCAUCAUAAAAGAGGGGGCGGAUAUAUAUGUAGAGGAAAUCCCAGUGGACGAGGAGAACCUAGCGCCUGGAGACAAAGUUAUCCAGACUUGCCACUACAACAAGGAUCCCUCUCGAGGCCACGGCAUACCAUUCACAUUCGUCGUGCGCAAUGGAGAACCGUUUACAGUAACAAAAAAGCGGCUGCAAGAGCGAAUGGGCAUGAAUGAGAAAGAUUUUGCAAAAGUCAAGUUUGCAGUUAUCCCUGCUGAUCAGCGGUAUUCCACUGCGAAGCCACGGCCAAUUGAAGAUGAUGAGGUGCUAGCGGCCCUUCCAUGGGAUGGAGCUGUACUUGGCUGCGACCAUAUCGACAAAACUGGUCGCAACGGACGCUUGGGAAGUUUUGAAAAGGCUAUCAAAAUUUUCGGAUAACAGAUUUGAUCUUGCGUGCUGCGCACGGAUUUAAUCUUGGGGCUUUGGUAUGGGAUGUAUGAUUUGGAGAUUUCUUUCUGUGUCGUGAAUUCACUGGCCGUUUUGGUAUGAUGGUUCAAUUUCUGCCGGUUGGGACGGCGGGUACAAGGGUAUGGGCCGGGAGUAUGAACGGACUGGAUAAAUUGCUGGUUUCCACGUUUUAUAAAGAUGUAUUAUGACACUAAAAUGCAGAUGAAUGGCAUUGGAGUUAAAAUCUGGUCUCGA